AUGUCCGCGCCCAUCCCCAUGAACGGGCGUCCCAGCGACAGCGCCGGCCCCAACGGCUCGCUGUCGCCUCUGGCCAAGUCGCCCCCUCACCAGACCACGACCAUCGAGUACGCGUCGUCGGCUCCCUUUGCGGCCUCUUCAUCCAAGCAUGCCCAGGACGGCACUUGUGACGAGGCUAUUCCGGACCACCUCUACUCCAAGCUGCCCGCCCACUACCUUGUGCAGGGUGCCGGCGGCAAGGUGCCAGACUACCUCCGCAUGAUCCUUACCUCCAAGGUCUACUCUGCCCCGCUCAACCUCCAGGAGACGCCGUUGACGUACGCUGCCAACCUGUCCAAGCGCCUCGGAUGCGAGAUUUAUCUCAAGCGCGAGGACCUGCACCCCGUCUUCUCGUUCAAGAUCCGUGGCGCGUACAACAUGAUGGCGAGCUUGACUGAGGAGGACAAGAAGAAGGGUGUCAUCACCUGCUCUGCUGGAAACCACGCGCAGGGUGUGGCCCUGUCUGGCGGUGCGCUCGGCAUUGCGGCCACCAUUGUCAUGCCCGUCUCGACCCCGUCCAUCAAGGUCAACAACGUCCGGAGGUUGGGCGGCAAGGCCGUGCUCUUUGGCCAGGACUUUGACGCCGCCAAGGCCGAGUGUCUCCGCCGUGCCGAGGAGGAGGGUUUGACCUUUAUCCCCCCGUACGAUGACCCCUAUGUCAUUGCCGGCCAGGGCACGAUUGCGAUGGAGAUUUGUCGCCAGAUCACCGACCCGACCAAGAUUGACGGCAUCUUUGCUGCCAUUGGCGGUGGUGGCCUGACAGCCGGUAUCUCGACGUACAUGAAGCGCGUUGUCGGCCCCAACUCCAAGGUCUACGGUGUCGAGACGGUCGACGGCGACGCCAUGUUCAGGUCGUUGAAAGCUGGCCACCGCGUCGUUCUCGACGAGGUGGGGCCCUUUGCCGACGGCACUGCCGUGCGUCUGGUCGGCGAAGAGUGCUACCGCGUCUGCAAGGAGAACCUCGACGGCAUCCCCCUUGUGAACAAUGACGAGAUCUGUGCCGCCAUCAAGGACGUGUACGAGGAGACGCGUUCGGUUCCCGAGCCCUCUGGAGCCCUUGCCCUCGCCGGUCUCAAGGCGCACAUCCAGCAGAACGACCUCAAGAACUCGGGCAAGACGUUUGUUGCCGUCGUCUCCGGUGGAAACAUGAACUUUAGCCGUCUCCGCUUCGUUACUGAGCGCGCCGAGAUUGGUGAGGGCCGCGAGGUGCUCAUGUCGUUCCGCGUCCCCGAAAAGCCCGGCUCGUUUAUCAAGCUGCACAAGUACCUCCUCCCUCGUGCCGUCACCGAGUUUUCGUACCGCUACUCGGACUCGAAGGGCGGCUUCAUCAUCUGCUCGUUCACCCUCAAGGCGUCGAGCUCCAAGGCGUCGGGCCCCACGCCCGAAGAGCGCGCCAAGGAGGUGGCUGAGAUCAUCGCCGACCUCAAAAACCUGGACAUUGAGUCGAUGGACCUGAGUGACAACGAGUUUGCAAAGUCGCACGUGCGCCACCUCGUCGGUGGCCGCUCGUCCAUCGAGCACGAGCGCGUGUUCCGCUUCGAGUUCCCCGAGCGUCCUGGAGCGCUUGACCGCUUCCUCACCAACCUCCACCCGGGAUGGAACAUUUCCCUCUUCCACUACCGCAACCACGGCGCCGACGUUGGCCGCGUCCUUGUCGGCCUGCAGCCGCCCCCCAACGGCGUGGCCGACGAUGAGGAGCUCAACGACUUCCUCAACGAGCUCGGCUACCCUUACGUCGAGGAGACGGAUAACGUCGCCUACCGCAACUUCCUCUGUGCUUGA